ACAACUACAACAAUAAAAAAAAAAAAAUAAAAUAAAAUAAAAACAAAAAACAACAACCAGCAACAAUAAUAACAACAAAAGCAACAACAACAACAAGAAUUACAGCGGCUAGAGAGAGCAGCCAAGCACAACAUCGAUUGAAAUCGAUUAAAGUAUUGUGCUAAGCGGCGGGCGCUAAUCGAACAUGGCGCCUCGGAUAUAGUUGUAGCUUUAAUGUAGCAGGCGACAUCCAUGUGCCUCAUGCCUUGGAAAUCUAAGGCUCUCAUCGUUGGCCGCAUAGACAAUGACAGAAGAUUCCGACUCGAUAUCUGAGGAAGAACGCAGUUUGUUCCGUCCCUUUACCCGCGAAUCAUUGGUGCAAAUCGAACAACGCAUUGCCGCUGAACAUGAAAAGCAGAAGGAGCUGGAAAGAAAGAGAGCCGAGGGAGAGGUGCCGCAAUAUGGUCGCAAGAAAAAACAAAAAGAAAUCCGAUAUGAUGACGAGGACGAGGAUGAAGGUCCACAACCGGAUCCUACACUUGAACAGGGUGUGCCAAUACCUGUUCGAUUGCAGGGCAGCUUCCCGCCGGAAUUGGCCUCCACUCCUCUCGAGGAUAUCGAUCCCUACUACAGCAAUGUACUGACAUUCGUAGUUGUAAGCAAAGGAAAAGAUAUUUUUCGCUUUUCUGCAUCAAAAGCAAUGUGGCUGCUCGAUCCAUUCAAUCCGAUACGUCGUGUGGCCAUUUACAUUCUAGUGCAUCCCUUAUUUUCCCUAUUCAUCAUCACCACAAUUCUCGUCAACUGCAUCCUGAUGAUAAUGCCGACAACGCCCACGGUUGAGUCCACUGAGGUGAUAUUCACCGGAAUCUACACAUUUGAAUCAGCUGUUAAAGUGAUGGCACGAGGUUUCAUUUUAUGCCCGUUUACGUAUCUUAGAGAUGCAUGGAAUUGGCUGGACUUCGUAGUAAUAGCUUUAGCUUAUGUGACCAUGGGUAUAGAUUUAGGUAACCUUGCAGCCUUGCGAACGUUUAGGGUGCUGCGAGCGCUUAAAACCGUAGCCAUUGUGCCAGGCUUGAAGACCAUCGUCGGUGCGGUCAUCGAAUCGGUGAAGAAUCUGCGCGACGUGAUCAUCCUCACCAUGUUCUCGCUAUCGGUAUUUGCGCUAAUGGGUCUCCAGAUCUACAUGGGCGUCCUCACCCAGAAGUGCAUCAAGAAGUUCCCGCUGGACGGCUCCUGGGGCAAUCUCACCGACGAAAACUGGGACUAUCAUAAUCGCAAUAGCAGCAACUGGUAUUCGGAGGACGAGGGCAUAUCCUUUCCGCUAUGCGGUAAUAUCUCUGGAGCGGGGCAAUGCGAUGACGAUUAUGUGUGCCUACAGGGGUUUGGGCCAAAUCCAAACUAUGGCUAUACCAGUUUCGAUUCCUUCGGCUGGGCCUUCCUCUCCGCAUUCAGGCUGAUGACCCAGGACUUCUGGGAGGAUCUGUACCAGCUGGUGUUGCGCGCCGCAGGACCAUGGCAUAUGCUGUUCUUUAUAGUCAUCAUCUUCCUAGGUUCAUUCUAUCUUGUGAAUUUGAUUUUGGCCAUUGUUGCCAUGUCGUAUGACGAAUUGCAAAAGAAGGCCGAAGAAGAAGAGGCUGCCGAAGAGGAGGCGAUACGUGAAGCGGAGGAGGCAGCUGCCGCCAAGGCGGCCAAGCUGGAGGAGCGGGCCAAUGCGCAGGCGCAGGCAGCGGCGGAAGCGGCCGCCGCCGAGGAGGCCGCCCUGCAUCCGGAGAUGGCCAAGAGUCCGACAUACUCCUGCAUCAGCUAUGAGCUGUUCGUUGGCGGCGAGAAGGGCAACGAUGACAACAACAAGGAGAAGAUGUCCAUACGGAGCGUCGAGGUCGAGUCGGAGUCGGUGAGCGUUAUACAAAGACAACCAGCACCUACCACAGCACACCAAGCUACCAAAGUUCGUAAAGUGAGCACGACAUCCUUAUCCUUACCUGGUUCACCGUUUAACAUACGCAGGGGAUCACGUAGUUCUCACAAGUACACGAUACGGAACGGACGUGGACGCUUUGGGAUUCCCGGUAGCGAUCGCAAGCCGUUGGUACUGUCAACAUAUCAGGACGCCCAGCAGCACCUGCCCUAUGCCGACGACUCCAAUGCCGUCACCCCGAUGUCCGAGGAGAACGGGGCCAUCAUAGUGCCCGUCUACUACGGCAAUCUAGGCUCACGACACUCGUCGUAUACCUCGCAUCAGUCCCGUAUAUCGUAUACCUCACAUGGCGAUCUACUAGGCGGCAUGGCCGUCAUGGGCGUCAGCACAAUGACCAAGGAGAGCAAGCUGCGCAACCGCAACACACGCAAUCAAUCAGUGGGCGCCACCAACGGCGGCACCACCUGCCUGGACACCAAUCACAAGGUCGAGCAUCGCGACUACGAAAUUGGUCUGGAGUGCACGGACGAAGCUGGCAAGAUUAAACAUCAUGACAAUCCUUUUAUCGAGCCCGUCCAGACACAAACGGUGGUCGACAUGAAAGACGUGAUGGUCCUGAACGACAUCAUUGAACAGGCCGCUGGUCGGCACAGUCGAGCCAGCGAUCGUGGUGAGGACGAUGACGAGGAUGGGCCGACGUUCAAGGACAAGGCGCUCGAAGUGAUCCUCAAGGGCAUCGAUGUGUUUUGUGUGUGGGACUGUUGCUGGGUUUGGUUGAAAUUUCAGGAGUGGGUCUCCCUCAUCGUCUUCGAUCCAUUUGUCGAGCUCUUCAUCACGCUGUGUAUUGUUGUCAACACGAUGUUCAUGGCGAUGGAUCAUCACGAUAUGAACAAGGAGAUGGAAAGGGUCCUCAAGAGUGGCAAUUAUUUCUUCACGGCCACCUUCGCCAUCGAGGCCACCAUGAAGCUGAUGGCCAUGAGCCCCAAGUACUACUUCCAGGAGGGCUGGAACAUCUUCGACUUCUUCAUCGUGGCCCUCUCGCUCCUUGAGCUGGGACUCGAGGGUGUCCAGGGCCUGUCCGUGUUGCGAUCGUUUCGCUUGCUGCGUGUUUUCAAACUGGCCAAGUCCUGGCCGACACUGAACUUGCUCAUAUCGAUCAUGGGUCGUACUGUCGGCGCCCUCGGCAAUCUGACCUUCGUCCUCUGCAUUAUAAUCUUCAUAUUUGCGGUCAUGGGCAUGCAGCUGUUUGGCAAGAACUACACAGAUCACAAGGAUCGCUUCCCGGAUGGAGACCUGCCCCGUUGGAACUUCACCGAUUUCAUGCACAGCUUUAUGAUCGUGUUCCGGGUGUUGUGCGGCGAAUGGAUCGAGUCCAUGUGGGACUGUAUGUACGUGGGCGAUGUAUCGUGUAUACCCUUCUUCUUGGCCACCGUUGUCAUCGGCAAUCUUGUGGUACUUAACCUCUUCUUAGCGUUGCUUUUGUCCAAUUUCGGUUCAUCCAGCUUAUCAGCACCGACUGCCGAUAACGAUACAAAUAAAAUAGCCGAGGCCUUCAAUCGAAUUGGCCGAUUUAAGAGUUGGGUUAAGCGUAAUAUUGCUGAUUGUUUCAAGUUAAUACGUAACAAAUUGACAAAUCAAAUAAGUGAUCAACCAUCAGAGCAUGGUGACAACGAACUGGAGCUGGGACACGACGAGAUCCUGGCCGACGGUCUCAUCAAGAAGGGCAUCAAGGAGCAGACCCAACUGGAGGUGGCAAUCGGGGAUGGUAUGGAGUUCACGAUACACGGCGACAUGAAGAACAGCAAGCCCAAGAAAUCCAAAUAUUUAAAUAACGCAACGAUGAUUGGCAACUCAAUUAACCACCAAGACAAUAGACUGGAACACGAGCUAAACCAUAGAGGUUUGUCCUUACAGGACGACGACACUGCCAGCAUUAACUCAUAUGGUAGCCAUAAGAAUCGACCAUUCAAGGACGAGAGCCACAAGGGCAGCGCCGAGACGAUGGAGGGCGAGGAGAAGCGAGACGCCAGCAAGGAGGAUUUGGGUCUCGACGAGGAACUGGACGAGGAGGGCGAAUGCGAGGAGGGCCCGCUGGACGGUGAUAUCAUUAUUCAUGCACACGACGAGGAUAUACUCGAUGAAUAUCCAGCUGAUUGCUGCCCCGAUUCGUACUAUAAGAAAUUUCCGAUCUUAGCCGGUGACGAAGACUCGCCGUUCUGGCAAGGAUGGGGCAAUUUACGACUGAAAACUUUUCAAUUAAUUGAAAAUAAAUAUUUUGAAACAGCUGUUAUCACUAUGAUUUUAAUGAGUAGCUUAGCUUUGGCAUUAGAAGAUGUACAUCUGCCACAAAGACCCAUACUGCAGGAUAUUUUAUACUAUAUGGACAGAAUAUUUACGGUUAUAUUCUUCUUGGAAAUGUUAAUCAAGUGGUUGGCGCUCGGCUUCAAAGUGUACUUCACAAAUGCGUGGUGUUGGCUCGAUUUCGUCAUUGUCAUGGUAUCGCUUAUCAACUUCGUUGCUUCACUUGUUGGAGCUGGUGGUAUUCAAGCCUUCAAGACUAUGCGAACGUUAAGAGCACUGAGACCACUACGUGCCAUGUCCCGUAUGCAGGGCAUGAGGGUCGUCGUUAAUGCGCUGGUACAAGCUAUACCGUCCAUCUUCAAUGUGCUAUUGGUGUGUCUAAUAUUUUGGCUAAUUUUUGCCAUAAUGGGUGUACAGCUUUUUGCUGGAAAAUAUUUUAAGUGCGAGGACAUGAAUGGCACGAAGCUCAGCCACGAGAUUAUACCAAAUCGCAAUGCCUGCGAGAGCGAGAACUACACGUGGGUGAAUUCAGCAAUGAAUUUCGAUCAUGUAGGUAACGCGUAUCUGUGCCUUUUCCAAGUGGCCACCUUCAAAGGCUGGAUACAAAUCAUGAACGAUGCAAUCGAUUCACGAGAGGUGGACAAGCAGCCAAUUCGUGAAACGAACAUCUACAUGUAUUUAUAUUUCGUAUUCUUCAUCAUAUUUGGAUCAUUUUUCACACUCAAUCUGUUCAUUGGUGUUAUCAUUGAUAAUUUUAAUGAGCAAAAGAAAAAAGCAGGUGGAUCAUUAGAAAUGUUCAUGACAGAAGAUCAGAAAAAGUACUAUAAUGCUAUGAAAAAGAUGGGCUCUAAAAAACCAUUAAAAGCCAUUCCAAGACCAAGGUGGCGACCACAAGCAAUAGUCUUUGAAAUAGUAACCGAUAAGAAAUUCGAUAUAAUUAUUAUGUUAUUCAUUGGUCUGAACAUGUUCACCAUGACACUCGAUCGUUACGAUGCGUCGGACACGUACAACGCGGUCCUUGACUAUCUCAAUGCGAUAUUCGUAGUUAUUUUCAGUUCCGAAUGUCUAUUAAAAAUAUUCGCUUUACGAUAUCACUAUUUUAUUGAGCCAUGGAAUUUAUUUGAUGUAGUAGUUGUCAUUUUAUCCAUCUUAGGUCUUGUACUUAGCGAUAUAAUCGAGAAAUACUUCGUGUCGCCAACACUGCUCCGUGUGGUUCGAGUGGCCAAAGUGGGUCGUGUACUUCGGUUGGUGAAAGGAGCCAAGGGCAUCAGGACACUGCUAUUCGCGCUGGCCAUGUCCCUGCCCGCCCUGUUCAACAUCUGCCUGCUGCUGUUCCUGGUCAUGUUCAUCUUCGCCAUUUUCGGCAUGUCCUUUUUCAUGCACGUGAAGGAGAAGAGCGGCAUCAACGAUGUCUACAACUUCAAGACCUUCGGCCAGAGCAUGAUCCUGCUCUUUCAGAUGUCGACGUCAGCCGGUUGGGAUGGUGUACUGGACGCCAUAAUCAAUGAGGAAGCAUGCGAUCCACCCGACAACGACAAAGGCUAUCCGGGCAAUUGUGGUUCAGCGACCGUUGGAAUAACGUUUCUCCUCUCAUACCUAGUUAUAAGCUUUUUGAUAGUUAUUAAUAUGUACAUUGCUGUCAUUCUCGAGAACUAUAGUCAGGCCACCGAGGACGUACAGGAGGGUCUGACCGAUGACGACUACGAUAUGUAUUACGAGAUCUGGCAGCAAUUUGAUCCAGAGGGUACUCAAUACAUACGCUACGAUCAGUUGUCCGAAUUUUUGGACGUACUGGAGCCACCGUUGCAGAUCCAUAAGCCGAAUAAGUAUAAGAUCAUAUCGAUGGAUAUACCCAUAUGUCGCGGCGAUCUCAUGUACUGUGUGGAUAUCCUGGAUGCCCUAACCAAAGACUUCUUUGCGCGUAAGGGUAAUCCGAUUGAGGAGACGGGCGAGAUUGGUGAGAUAGCGGCACGGCCGGAUACGGAGGGCUACGAGCCCGUAUCCUCGACCCUCUGGCGCCAACGGGAGGAGUACUGUGCCCGUCUCAUCCAGCAUGCUUGGCGGAAGCACAAGGCGCGCGGCGAGGGAGGUUCCGGUGGCGGUGGUGGUGGUGGGGGCGGCGACGAGACAGAACCAGACCAGGGUGAUGGUGGAGAUGCUACUGGUUCUGGUGCUGGUGAUGCUGAACCUGCCACAGAUGAUCCAGCGGAUCCCUCAAAGGAGACCCCCGAUGGAGGUGGAGGAGGAGAUGCAGACGCCGCCGAGGAGAACCAUGUAAAUAGUCCAGGUGAAGCGGGAGCGACGGCGGCUGCGGCGGGAAGUCCGGGGAGCGGAGGAGCUGGUAGCCCCGGGGCGGGCAGUGCCGGACGACAAACGGCCGUGCUCGUGGAGAGCGACGGGUUCGUGACUAAGAACGGCCACAAGGUGGUCAUCCACUCGCGAUCGCCGAGCAUCACGUCGCGCACGGCGGAUGUCUGAGCCAGGCCUCGCCCCCCCCUCCAAGAUGCACGCGAGUAUUAGCAUGAAGUACGAUGAUGUUGCACGUUGCAAUUAGCUGGGGGGCCACACCAGGUCUCCCGGUGGUUAACAACAACAAACAACAACAACUACAACAACAAGGAGAACAACAAGCAUAAUUUUCUGCUAUAUAAUGAAAACAAAAACAAAAACAAAAAACCAAUACAACAAAAACAGAACAAGAAGAGAACCUAAUUUACUUACCCGCAUUAUUCAGUUAACGAGUCAGCAACCAACAACAAUCAUACUUAAGCUAAAACCAGACAAAUAUUACAAGAAAUCUUUUGAUCAGCUAGGCAUUUUUCCAACAACAAAUUUAUUGGCCUAAGCAGGAAAAGGAAAACAUACCCACUUACACAUUAAAACACACACACAUAACCAUUAUCUACUGGGACAUUAACAUUUCAAAUUGUCACAAGUUUCUAGUAUAUUUCUAGUAUUUUUUACAAAUGGCGCCCAAUCGUUGGGCUUUUCUUUUCAAUCUUUCGAAGUUUUCGAAAUGAAAUGUUAUUGAGCUGGUGGACACUCACACAGGCUAUAAAAUAUAAAACCUUAACAAUAUUAAAUCCACAAAAAAGUUAAGAAAAAACAAAAAACAAAUGAACAAGCUCUAAAAAUUGUAUUUGCCAGUAGUAGGACAACAACAACAACAAACAGAAACUCGCUUGAUUUAAUUAACUAACUUACCAACCUAAAGUGCUACUAAAAUAACAGCUGAAAGUAAAACACCAAUAAAGGUUAAAGGUAAGGAGAAGCAGAAGCAAAAAUCACAACAACCACAACAACAAUCCCUAACAACAUUCUCACAGUGAAACAGUAAAAAAAAAAAAAUACUAAUUAAUAAACGCGAUGAAUUUUAAUAACUAAUUCUUAAUGAGAGAACGAGAACACCAAUUUGCAUAGUUUGUAUUUAACAUUUAUCCAACUAACUAAUUAAAACCCCAGACAAAGCAAUGGGACAAAAUCAAAACAAACGGGCCCGAUAAAAAACAAAACACCAAGAAAACAGAAAAACUAAAAAAAUAUUUAAUUCAAAACCAAAAAGACGAACAAGAACAACCGCCUGAACUGCCAUUAAAAGCAAUACGAAAUACAGAGAAAAAAAUAUAUAUACAUAUAUGAGAGAAACAUAAGAGAUAGUAGUUUCACCCGAUGACACGCACACACUAACACACCAACACACCAGCACACAGGAAAACAAUAAAUAUGUAAGGAAAAGCAGAGAGUAAUAGGCAGACAGAGUUAUUUCCGAAGCGAUCGAUACUUUUGUGCUAUCGAUAAUUUCGUUUGCAGUUUCGAUUUAAGCGAUAAGCGAUCCCAUUAGGCCAGCAAGAAAGUUCAAAGCAAACAUUUCACACCAAAAAACACAAAUCCAUCCAUCACACACACACACACACACACAGACACAACACACUCAACCAUAUGGAUGCAGGAAGUUUGAGGUUAUGUAAUCUCGAUUUGAGGUUAUGUUCCCAUCGAUGCCAAGAACACACCAAAAUACCAAACAAAUCCUUGAAGUGGGGGCGCAUGGAGCCGAAAAAGGAUGUGGAGCGAACACCAUUUUAAAAAACAAAAUAUAUAAUCAAAUAACGGUAAUCUUAGCAAUUCAAAUUUGAAUUCGAGCAAUAAAAAAUCGAUUAUGAUGAAAAACAAAAACAAAGAAAAAAUUAAAAACAAUCAUAGAAGCAAGUAGAAGAAAGGCGUCAAAGUGUUAAAACAAUACCCAAGUAUGUGGAAGUGAAUAAGUUCGAGUGUGAAAAACAGAACCAAGUUCAAAGUAAGGCGAGUUGAGAAACAAAACGAUUGAAAAACAGAAAGAAUAUUAAGAAAUAAAAAAACAGCAGAAUAAGAGUGUGUGCUUAGCACAAGACGAAGCAAAUAAUAUUGAAAGCAAAUUGAGAAACGAAAACGAGUGAACAAUUUGAACAAGUUUUUGAGUUUUCAAUGUGCUCUCUAUUUUCUCAUAGUUCUUUUUUGUCGCAACAAAGGUGGCGACCAAAUUCAAAUUACACAAAAAAAAAUAAUCAAGGCGAAUUAAAAACGAAACGAAAUAUAUAUUACACGUAAUUAUAAAAAUAAAUAAUUUAAAAUACAUACGAUAUUGAUACUGAAUUGAAUUCAAACAAAGUUUUAGCCCGACUGCUUCAGAGCGUAGCAUACUUUUCAGAGCCUUCGCAUUCGCUUUUCCUUUUCGUAUCCAGCCGUUAUUCGAGUUAAGAGCCUAGCAGAAAAUAAGAGAAAACCGAAUUCGAUAACCGAUAGCCGAAAAUCGAAACCAGCAACAAAAAAAAAAAACCAAAAAACAAAGUAAAAGUAAAACGAAAAUAUAGUGUGUUCACAUUCAGUUGCGCCCCAAUUAUGCCAAGCUAAGCUUUGUUUGGACCAGCUUUUAAUGCAUUUGAUUUCUUGAGUUCCUUUCUUGAUUUUCGAUUACUAGCAAUGCCUUUUCGUCGCCUGUUCAGUUGAAACGAUAACCAAUAACCAAUAACCGAUAACCGAUAACCGAUUACGAUAAUGAUAAAGAUCGAAACGAUCAGAUGGGAACACACCGACAGCAAACGAAAGUAUAUGUGAGGUUCCAUAGCGCACAUACACACACCACACACACCACUCAAAAUCACACACAUGCACUAAGACAUACCCCCCCAUUCACACACAAACACACACACACAGAAUACAUAUAUGUAUACAUUGGAUAUAUACUCAUAUAUAUAGAAAAUUCACACACACACAUACCCGUAAAUGCUUUGCUUUUGCUUCGAAAUUGCUGUAAUCGUAGGAGGUGAAUUGAAAACGAAUACUUUUGGGAAAAAAUUCGCUUUUUGGUUUUAUGACAAUAACUAAGAAACAUUUCGCACCGACACACACACACACACAUACAUACACAGACAGAACAUCUCUUCUCGCUGACUUACUCUCUCCGACACGAUUAGAAAACUGUUAUACAAAAAAGUACAUGCUUUCACACACUGCCUGACUUCUAGCUAUCCGUUUUAAAUCAAAUACAAAUGCGGAACUUGUUCUAAACUCACAUCCACAUUUACCCCACUACGCAAACGAAAGGAAAAAUAUAUACAGUACUAUCUAAAAAAAAACAGCAAGAUUCGUUCAAAAUUUAACAAAAUAUUGGAAAUUGACAACAAUCACCCCUGGUAAAAAUAAGUAUUAUGUUUUGUAUUUAGUUGUCUUUCGAAAUGCAAAAUAUUUUUAUUUGCCAUACCCUACUUCAACAUAAAUACAUUUGAUUUAUUUUAGAUAGCAUUUGAUUUCACACAGUUGUUUAAUUGGAAAUUCUGUAGGCCGAGUAUAACAGUUGUAUAACAGUUAUAUAACUUCUGAGUGUCUGGCCUACGGAUUUAAAUCGAACAACUUUUCAUCGAACAUCCGGUUGUAUGACAAAUUAAAAUCCGAAAUAGUUUCCCAACACUAGACCGUUCCAAUAUCACCACUUUCCCAAGAAAACAAAAAACCGAAAAACGGAAUUCAAACGCAACCUAUCCUAAAAACCAAAGUAACAUAACCUAUAAAAAAGUAACGCAAACGACAAAAAAUUGUAAAGUAAUUAACUUGUGUACAUUAUGGGGACCAGUUUAAGCGUUGCCUUAAAGUCCAAAAAAAAAGAAAAUUUAGUGUUUAUUUUUUGCGCACGCUUUUACAAGAGCUUUUUCAAUAUAUUGUAUAUCGAAUAUAAAUGAUCAGCAACCCUGUUUAAAUGUUUGUGUGUAAUUCCCCUUAAUAAUCCCCUAAUGAAUCCAUAUUCUUAACCCUAAGCCCUCUCACUCUUGUUUCGCCUAAAAUCCUUCAAAAAUUUACCGUUGCGGCUUUUUGUUUUUAGCCUUCAUCACGCGUAGCCCAUUUCCGUUUCCGUUUUAGUUAACCGUUACCUUUAUAUAUCACAUUCCGUAUUAUUAUUAUUAUUAUUAUUAUUAUUAUGGUAUAUAUCCCCAGAUUAUGAUUUUUAAAAUGCUUGCCAAUUGCCGAGUUUUUGUAAAGACUUGAAUGUAGCUUCAUUAUUAUACAUUUUGUUGGCUGUUUGACAAAUAAUACGAGUACCCACUUCGAUAAAUAAUAGAAAAACACAUGGUAAUAAUCGAGAAUGAUAAGCGAAAAUCCAAAAAAAACAUGCUAUAUACUAAUAACAGAAAAUUAAGUUUGAAAAUUCCGUACAAAAUGCAUAAGUUAAAUGAAAAAGCAUAUAAUACUGAACAAAAAGCUAAAAAUAUAAUAUAUCUACUUAUACUGAGUGCACUGUUAUAAACGAGGGGCGGGGCGAGAUUAAAUAAAACAAAACACAAAACAAAAACAAAAAACAAAAAAUCGAAUCAAAUCGAAAAUGAAACAGAAAAACAAAACAAAAAAAAAAACAUAUAUUAUUAUGGUAUAUUCUUCAAGAUAUUGUACUAUCUGCGUGUGAAACAACAACAUCAUCUGCAAAAACAACAACUACAGCAAAAACAACAACAAAAUGUCACACCUGAAGCUUAUGCAACAAGCUACAACAAAGAAACAGAAACAAGAAAAAACCAACAAACCGAUCUGAAUCCGUGAAAGUUACUCUCUUUUUUAUAAAAAUUAUGUAAAUUUACAAUAAUACCGAAAACAAAAAAAAAAAAAAUGUCGAAAGAUCAAAAAAAAAAAGGGAGGCGAAUUUUUUGCCGGAAACCGGAUAUGGAAAAUUCGAGCGAUAAACGCAACGCAAAUCGAAAUCGAAAAGUUGACACGUCGUGGAUGGAAAACAAAAAAAAAUGGAUAUUUAUUGAUUAGGAAAUCUAUUUCAUAAUUUUAGCAUACGUGUAAACAUAUUUUUUGUGCCGAGGUUACGUUCGAAGCAACACGCGCAUCAUUGCCAUUAGACAGAAUAAAAGUAAUUAUAUAUACAAUACGCCUAAAAAAAAAUAAAACAAAUAAUAAUAAUAAUUAUAAUACAAGAGAAAAAUUCAACUUAUAAUUAUAAUACUACAAACUGCAUAUUUUGUGCUGCUGAAAAAAGUCACAACGCAACAAAAAACAUGAUAACAAUAAACAUAUAUAUAUAUAUAUAUAUAUAAAUUUCUAAAAAUUUUAGAGCAAUACACACAUACACUGACACACCCACACACUCACCACAGAACAAAAGAUGGCGAAUUUUUGCACCGUCACCGUCACAGUGGCGUCGCAAAGUUUUCCACCAGCCAGCAGCAUUCUCAAAUACAAAAAUAAAAAUAAAAAAAUGAGGAAGUAAGUGGAGUAAGAAUACCAAUACGAUAAUACAUUUUUUUUAGAUACACUUCAAAAAUCAAAGCGUGGAAAUUUCUAUAUUAGUUAAUAAUAAAAUCCUUUUUUUUGUUAACUCACUAUAUAUUAAAAAAACCAAAAAAAAAAAAACAAAAAAGAAACCAAAAAAAUGUAAAACAAAAACUAAAAAACAAAGAAGGACAAAAACUUUAGCUUUAUACUCGUACAUUUGUAAUAUAUUACAUAAGUCUAGUUAAUUACAUAAAGAAAAAAACCAAAAUGAAACUAGAAAAUAUAUUAUAAAUUAUAAUUAUACAAAAGAAAAACAAAAGAAAAUUUUACAAAUAAAAAAUCGCAAAAACUUCAACAAAAAAAAGCAACAAAAACACAAACAAAAAACAAAAUCAAACGAAGCAUAGCAAAUGAAAUUCGAAAUAAUUACAAAAAAAUAAAAAAUAGUAAAAGAAAAUCUAAAAAAAAGGAGAAAACCAAAAACGAACUGUAAAAAAAAAAACAUUUAAAUGUAAAACAGCCAGUUAUUAUGCAUAGCUAAUAAAAUUCAAAUACAGAGAAGAAGCAGGAGACGAAAAAACCAAAAAAAAAAAAAAUAAGAACAAUUAAUGCAAUUAGAUAUUCUACAUAAAAAAUUCUAAAUCUUUAGUCAAGCUUAGGGUGCAUACACAUACAAAACACACACACUAUGACAGAGACACAUGAAUACAAUAAAACCCAUACACUCGCAAUUAAAAUGAUACUUUUUUUUAUUCAAUUUCGUCAAAAUAGUUCAUUUAAGUCCUUCAUCGUAUCAGUUGCUAAUCCAUUUCGAUCCAAACAUCACAGAGACACAAUGCCGAGCCGCAGAGAAAAAGCAGAGAGAUACCAAGCCAAGCCAAGCCGACCUAAAAAACCACAAAGGAAUACACUGAAACAAAUAACUCACAAUUACGAAAGUUGCCAUCCAGCGAAGUAUUUGCAAUUUACAUUUGAGAGCAAGAGUUAAUAGCAGUUUAUAUGAAGCCCGUUGAACACGAAAACAAUACGAAAAGAACAAAAAAAGAAAAGAACAAAUAAAGGUAAAAAAUAAAAACCAAAAACAGACUGAAGAAAAUGAGAAUUAUUUAACAAGAAAAUUUAUAUACAUACAUAAUGAUAGCCAAUAAAGAUAAAGCUGCAUCCACGAGUCACAAAUUGCCAAGCUGCUUUUUAAAUGAAUCCAGAGCCACACACACACAACCACAACAAAACACCCACCCACACACACACACAGACACAGACACAAACAUACACUCUGAUACACUGAGAAAAAGUGAUGCAGCUCGCAAUAAAAUGAAUAAAAUAAUAGCAGACGGAUGCUUACAAUAAAAUCAGAGGACAUAAAGGAAAUAUGUAUUUAUAUUUAUACACAAAAGCAAGCUAGCUAAAAAGGAUACAUGAUACUAAUGCAUAAUUUAAAUAUACAUAUUUAAAGGAAGUCUUAACUAAAAUGAAAAAUGGAUAACUAAAGCGACACAGGCACCGUUAGCAUAUUUUUUUUAUACAAAUACAAUUUAAGCAAAAGAAUACGAUGAAUAAAAUCAACAAAUUGAAGUAAAUUAUUAGUGAGAAACCGAAGCAACUGAUGAUGUCUUUGUAAAGACUUUAUAUAUGCCUGCCAUAUGCCUACAUCUGCCUAGCUGUCUGACUCUAACACACACACACACACACAUACUGACACACGCCUAACACAGGAUAUCUAUCUGUUUAUCUCGCGCUUGUGCAUCAAACCCACAAAUACACAGAAAGACAGACACUCAUGGCAUCAUAGUUGAGCUUAGGUGACCGCAAUGAGAAGCGUGUAGAAGGGCGCACCGAAGUUUUCAGGCUUCUUCUUGUCUUUGUAUGCGUUUGUUAGCUGACCUUGGUUUCUUAGCCAGUUCAUUGAGGGUCCUCUUGGCGGAGGAUCCUUGCAAUCCUUGCCCCCGAACCAGCCGUUAUCGAGCAACUCUAUUUGAUAGCAACUUCCCCGGCUACAAAUUCUUAGUGGUUCAGAUGGCUGUAGAACACAAACACACACAUACAGACUCAGACACAGAAAACAACACACAGUCUCUCAGUAAUUCUCCCCUAAAAUGAUGAUGAAGAUAUAUACAUAUGAAUAUGUAUAGAUUAUAUAUGUGCGAUCAAGUAAAAGCAGCUAAAAAAUACAAAAAAAUAAUGCUAAAAAUUAUGACACCCGCCACUUUUCUACUAAAAAGAAAUCGACUGUAUAUAUAUAUAUAUACAAAUAUAUAUAUAUGAUAAUAUGAGUAUAUUUAUGUAGCAGUAUAAAAGUAUGUGUAGUAUAACACUUUGUCCAUUUGCUUGACAAACAGACACAAACAACAAAACAACAUACAAACAAACAAACACACAACAUGCAUUUUGUUUUCUAGUUUUCAAAUUUCACUUUUUUUUUUUGUGAAAAAGGACAUUAACUUGUAUUAGCGAUACUCUUAAUAAUUAAAUCUCUGCAAAAAAUAAUAUGAGUAGCGUUUUGACGAUGGAUCGCUGUCGUACAUCUAAAUGUUUUUGGCGGGCAAUGAAAGCUUCGAUUUUCGAUAUUCGUGGCGUGCCUCUUGUUGUUAUCGAUUUUUUCGACACAAUCUAAGUAUUUAUACCAACCACAAGGAAUCCAUUUUGUUUAAACCACAAACACACAGAGACACAGACACACAAACACAGUCACACAUAUUAAUAUAAAUAUAUACAUAUAUAUUUUUUUUAUAACAACGUAAGGGAAAAAAAUCUAUAUGGGACAAAUGAAACACAACAAUUUUUGUAUGUAUUCAUUUUUAUUAACAAAUAAAAACAAAAACAAAUGGGAAAAUGGGAAAAUACAAACCGGAAACCAAAACAAAAUACAGAAAAAACACUCGUAAUACACACAGACAGACAACAAAUUGUUUUUAUAAAGAUAUAUUCGAUUAAUGUAUUUAAAAAUAAAAACAAAAACAAAAAAUACAAAAACAAAACGAAAGAAACAAACGCCUGAAUUAGUUUAUUACGCAAAAGAAAUGAAUUAUAAUUAGUUAACUCAAAAUAAAGUAUA